AUGGUUAACGAAACUCCACCAUCGGAGAAGAAGGAAUCGGAGUCGUUGUUGGUUGCCUCCCUGGCUGAGUUGGACUAUACCGAUGAGACUCUCCUGGUGCAAACUUUGCAACGCUUGAUCGGAGAGCCUCGUGUGCAGUUAUGGCACCCUCCUAAAGUUGGCUUGCCUCUGCCGUUCUAUGAGAAUAAGGGGCGGUGGGAUAGCAAGGCUAAUAUCUAUGGGCUGGCUGUUCUGGCUCAUCGAGAUGGCAGGUCUGGCUUCCUUGUUGCGGAUAGCUUGACCAAGCGUCAGUUGAAAGGGGACCCGAGACCGGGAGAGAGCCCAAUACUCUCCGUGGUGAUGGUUGGUAUUCGAUCAUCGUCGAGGACGUCGAGAAUGCAGACCAGCCACACGGAAAACGAAACGAGCGAACACAUUCGUGUCAUUGCGAAGCGGCAUACGAUUCAACAAACGGGCGCUGGGACUAUACCGAGUCUAUUGGAUACAUUUGAACUUUCGUAUACGUUUCUCGGAGGCAAUAGCAUCGAUAUUACGACCCGAUUGUGCGACUAUGGCCUCGAACUUCAUGACCCUGAUCACGCAGUUUUUCUACCCGAUACGGCGACGACGACGGGGCGCGAGGAUUUCGAACGAGAGACAAAAGCUGCAUUGUUAGAGUCGACACCACUGCCUGCCGAGCUAGUUGUCAGUAUUGUCUCCCGCCUCGAUCAUCGGAGUCGCCCUAGUGUGGCUCCCGUGAAGAUUCAACUAGAGAGUCUUGUCAUCUUCCUCACUUUUCCCACCACAGAAGACGAGAGAGAUUUGAUACAGUUGAGUCUACAGCAAGAGGCACACAGAUGCUUGGAAAGGAGGACCGGUAGUCCUACAAAGAGGAAGAGAGAUGAGGAGCACGCAGACAUACAAGUGCAAUUGAUUCCUUGGGAGCGGAGAUCGGAUGCAACACGACGGGACUUGGAGUGUCAUUGGAAAGAAACGCAUGAUCGCGCUAUCUGUCCAUUGAAUUACCUACUCGCACCCACCAAACUGUCUCGCCAGUCUUUUGCAUUUGACGAUACUCAAUUUGGAUCGAUAUAUCAUGGCAAUGAUGGGUUUGUCUUAAUGGCACGCAACACCCUUGACCAAAUGAUCAAGGCCAAGUUGAAUCAUUCCAACGGCCGUCUGGGCAAGAUUGCACAGCUGCAAGAGGAUUUGAAAGAUGGUACCUUGCCCGAAUCGAGUCAAGUCGAGUUCUUGAUUGGACCCGAUGAGCCUUUCUAUUAUAAUCCUCCCCUGUGGGAACCGGUGAAUGGCGAGGGACUUAUAUCAGUCGCUGUCUUUUACUUGACCAACAAACUCUCGCAUGAUCAGACCGUCGCAUUGAAGAUGGAAUUACACACAGAUGAUGCACGGCUCGACGGUCAAAAGGCGUGUUGCUUCGUCCCUUGGGAAGAUGGCAGUAGAAACAGAACCGACGGAACUAUCGACGAUAUCUGGAGAAUCUUCUGGGAAAUGCGACGGUGCACUUCUUGCCAGAUGCCAAUCUUUUUCAUCGAUGAGCAAUCCGGCAUCGAUCAGACCGUCCUAAUGGUUGACACGGAUCAUUAUAUCUGGCAACACGACGAUGAACAAGCGACCGACCUUCUGAAAGAUGUGGAAGAUCCUUCUACUAGGGGUCUUCUAUAUGGCCGGAUCAAAGGGUGUGAUGCCCACGAUGGUCAUCUCAAUUUGAGUAUGGGGAAUUUGAAUUUUGACGAAUUUCUGGAAUUUAGUGGUUUGGAUGAGGAACAUCGUUAUCCUCGACCUGGCUGGCCGGGACAUGGGAUAUUGGAAAAUGAUGAAUGA